CUUUCUUCCUGGAGCGCGUACGCUUCUCUUAAAUAGGCUAUAGGUAUGUAUGAAAACUAGUCAUUCUAUUCAGAAAUAGUUACUUACGCAACACAUUCCCCCCCAAAAAAGUGUAAUGAAUGUAAAACGUAGUUACUUUCUCGAGAUAUGAGCCCUUUUAUAAUGCUCCUGAGUCUUCUAAUUGGGCUCCUUUCUGAAUGGCCAUGGCUGCACGUGAGAAACACGUCGAUUGGAACGAAUCGGCGCAUGGCGUCUCAGUUCUGGGCAGCGGCAUGUCUCGUCUGGUUGACUUCCUGCCUGGUGCUGCCCUCUAUCCGUGGACGAUCGCUCGUCGUUGACCACGCGAACAAGCGGUUCCUGAGGGAUGGCAAGCCCUUCCAGUUCGUGGCCGGGGCCAUGCACUACUUCCGCAUCCCUCGCGCCUACUGGAAGGACAGACUACGCAAGGCGCGAAUGGCGGGUCUGAACGCCGUCGACUUUUACGUCGAAUGGAGCAGUCACGAGCCGGAACCGCUCGAGUACAACUUCGAAGGCAUGUACGACGUCGUGGCGUUCCUCAACGAAGUCAAGAACGAGGGCCUGCUUGCCGUUCUGAGGCCAGGGCCUUACAUAUGCGCCGAAAGAGACAACGGUGGCUUUCCCUACUGGCUACUGAGAAAGCACCCAAAGAUGAAGUACCGAAGCAUGGAUGUCAACUAUCUCAACCUCACGGACAGAUGGUACAACAAGCUCCUGCCCAUGCUGGCGCCGCACUUGUACAAGAACGGUGGUCCCAUCUUCGCCGUCCAGGUGGAAAACGAGUUUGGACACUACAAGCACUGCGACGUGAACUACAUGGACCACGUGUUGUCUGCUCUGGAGAAGCACUUCGGACGUGACGUCAUCUACUUUCGGAACGACUUUCCCGAUGAGUUUUACUACACGUGCGACAAGGUUCGCGAUAUUUUGGUGGCCGGGAACUUCGACUACACUCAGGAUCCCAAGAAGAUGUUCGCGGUCAUGGACUGGGCCCAGGUUCGUCCCUGUCCGUGGUUCGUUGCGGAGUACUACACGGGUUGGAUGGACCACUGGACUUUCGAUCGCUCCAACAAGAGCCACCUCGAGCUGGUCGACAAAUUUAGAGACCUUCUGAAGAUGGGGGCGUCCGUCACCAUCUACAUGUUUCACGGAGGUACCAGUUUCGGAUUCAAAUCCUCCAUGAGCAUGGACGCCCCCGUUGUGACGAGCUAUGACUACGGCGCUCCGGUGGCCGAAGACGGCUCGUUGAGGCCCAUGUACUACAAGUUUAGGGAGGUCAUCAAGGACUUCCUGCCGCUUCCUAACGGUGAACCUCCCGGCGCAGCAAAGAAACUCAACUUCGGGGCAGUGAAGUUGAACCAUUACAUGGGCAUGAACGACGCGCUGAACCACUUCAGCCAGAAAAACUGGCUGAACCGCAAGCAGUCCAAGUUUCCGCUCACAUUCGAAGAGGUCGGACAGGACUACGGAUUCGUCCUGUACACGGCGAAUGUGAACGUGGACGUUCAGGGAAAAGGACGACUGCGGUUGCACGGCCUCCGUGACCGAGCGCACGUGUUCGUGCAGAACUCGAGGCACAUCUUUUACAGCUUUCAGCCGGUCUCCGGUGGCCCGAAGACUGAGGGUGACAUCCCCGUGAAUAAGGGCGACAAGCUUGUGAUUCUGGUGGAGAACAUGGGAAGAGAUCAAGUUGGCAACCGGAACCAUGAUCGCAAGGGCUUGAAGAACGUUACGCUCAACGACAACCACGUAACGGACUGGACCAUGGAGGUGGUUCCACUCACGAGAAGCCAGGACGUCACUGAGCUUCUGCGCAUCGUCCGCAAGGAAGGCGAUGGCAAGCUGCCGGGCUUCUUCGCGGGCAGCUUCACCCUUUCCGACAAGCAGGAGCCCCUGGACACCUUUCUGGACCCGACGGGUUGGGGCAGAGGUGUCGCUUACGUGAACGGCAUCAACCUGGGCCGUUACUGGCCCAUGGCCGGUCCCCAAGUGCGACUGUACCUUCCAGCUCCGUUCCUGGUGAAACAUCCGCAGGAGAAUAGGCUGAUGCUGUUCGAAGUGGACCGUGUGCCGAACGACAGGAGUGUGAGGCUCGUCGAUCAGCAUUUGCUCGACGCGCAGGGAAAUUUGCCUACGCCAUGAUUCCAUGGCGCGAUAUGGAAUGCCAUCGUGCUGCAUAAGGAGAGACAGAGAUGUCGCGAUUGGGCUUUACAAAGAUCACCGGAACGCAGUUUAAAGGGAAACCACUGUCGCCGUGACGUUUUAGUCAACGUGAGAGCUUAAGGGUUACGGGCUCUUAGAGUAAGAACUCCCCCUUUCGGAGGAAAAUACUCUUUAUUGAAAUUAUUCAUGCUUGUAUCUUCUGAUUCCAUUGGCAUAAACGUCAGUGAAGGAGAAAUCCAGCGCUAAAAUCGUUUUCAAGCACGCUUUUUUAGACCUCGCAUGUUAAGACGACAUCUUGCUGUGUAACGACCAUAUAUACCUUGAAUCAGCUGUUUAAAAGCUAGUCUUUCGUGAAAUGAUUCACACCAUACCUUAAGUACGCUGUUUAAAGGCUAACCUUUCGUGAAAUGAUUCACACUUCUGUUCUUAUCUGAGGAAUUGGACCCUAUUUCUAACCAAUAACUCGA